ACCUUUGUACUGGAGCAAACUGGUUUUGUUUUCUCAUCUGCACUUGCUGCUUCUGUUGAGACAGACAGUUGCAAACUUAAAGGCUUUAAUUCAUCCUCAUCUGUGACUUGAGAGAACCGGUGAUAGCAAUCAGCAGAAAAUAAUGGAAAUCAUGAGAAACAUUUACAUUCUGUAUAGUAUUGACCUAUCUGUGCUGUGUGGGGCUCUGCUACUGCUGGAAGCAAAUGAAUUAACAACCAACUGUUCUCAGGAUUACCUUAAAAAUGUUCUUACAGAUAUGUCACCAAAAACUACCACAAUGGAUCUAUCCCACAAAUUCACAUGUCAACCUCUGAACUUGGACCUUAGUCCUUUCUCUAAGCUAAAAGUUUUAAUUCUCUCUCAUAACAGAAUCCAACAUCUGGAUAUGAGCAUCUUCCAAUUCAACAAGGAAUUAGAAUACUUAGACUUAUCUUACAAUCGCCUGAGAAAUAUUUCUUGUUAUUCACUUCUGGCCCUCAGACAUUUAGAUCUUUCUUUUAAUGACUUCAACAAUAUUCCCAUCUGUCAGGAGUUUGGCAGCAUGUCAAAACUGGAAUUUUUAGGAUUGAGUGGGGCACAGAUACAAAAAUCAGAUUUACAGACAGUGGCUCGUUUGUCCCUAAGCACUGUCUUCCUGGGCUUAAAGCAUCUUUCUUACUACGAAGAAGGCAGCUUACCCCUCUUAAACACUGAGAGACUUCAUAUAGUCUUUCCAGAGAAUGCUGAUUAUAGGUUUAUUUUGUAUGAUGGAAUCCACGCUUCGAAAACCUUGGAAAUGACAAAUAUCAAUAUGGAUCAAUUUACAAGCCAGGAAAGUCAGAAGAAUCCUCUGUUGGAGAGUCCAACAGGCUCUAAAACUUCUUAUCUGUUACUCAGGAAUGUAGAUGGACCCUGGCAGGAGUUCUUUCAAACAUUGCAGUUUGUUUGGCGCUCAUCAAUCCAACAAUUACAAAUACAAAAUUUGACCAUUGGUGCCCAAAGUGAAUUUAAACUCAAACCAUUUAACUACUCUAAUACCUUGAUGAAAGCCCUAAAGGUGGAGCAUGUGACUGUUAAGAUAUUUUCCUUCCCACAGGAUAUAAUCUACUUGUUCUUUACACACAUGGACAUUGAAAACUUGACAAUAUCAGGUGCGGGGAUGCCACAUAUAAUUUUUCCUAAUUAUCCCACCAAAUUUCAGCAUUUGAAUUUUGCCAACAAUACUUUGAGUGAAUUAUUUGUAGACACUCUUCAAUUGCCACAUUUGAAAACUUUUAUUUUGCAAAGGAAUAAAUUAGAAAUACUUUCCACAGUGAGUUCAUUUGCUAUCAAAACAUCCUUGGUACACCUAGAUCUAAGCCAGAAUCUACUACAGUAUGCUGAUGGAAAAGAUUGCUACUGGCCAGAAACCCUCACUACCAUGAAUUUGUCAUCCAAUAAAUUUAUUGGCUCUGUUUUCAAAUGCAUACCAAAGAGUAUCCAAGUGCUUGACCUGCAUAAUAAUGACAUUAGGACCAUCCCCAGAGAAAUUGCAGAUCUGAAAGCUUUACGGGAGCUAAAUAUUGCAUUUAAUUCUCUAACUGAUCUUCCUGGGUGUGACAAUUUCCAAAGGCUUUCUGUGCUGAAUAUUGAAAUGAAUUCCAUUAUUAGCCCAUCUCUUGAUUUCUUCCACACUUGUCAGGAAGUACAAUCAUUAAAAGCAGGAGGCAACCCAUUCAGAUGUGCCUGUGAUUUAAGAAACUUCAUCAACCUAGAAAAAAAAUCCCAAGGCUUGAUGAUUGGAUGGCCAGAUGCAUAUACCUGUGAAUAUCCUCUAGAACUAAAGGGAAUUCCAUUAGAGAAUGUUGAUCUGCCAGAAUUAUCUUGUAAUACACCUCUAUUGAUUGCUGUCAUUCUGAUAGUUGGUUUAAUUUGGACAGCUGUCAUAGUGGUUCUUUGCAUCCGCUUCGAUUUGCUCUGGUACCUGAGGAUGAUAGCUCAGUGGACACAGACCCAGCACAGAGUUAGGAAUGUGCACCUAGAAGAACUCAAAAAAAACAUCCAAUUUCAUGCUUUUAUUUCGUACAGUGAAGGGGAUUCUCUCUGGGUAAAGAAUGAGCUGAUACCAAACCUAGAGAAAGAAGAUAAAUCCAUAUUGAUUUGUCUCCAUGAGAGACACUUCGUUCCUGGCAAGAGUGUUGUGGAAAAUAUUAUUAACUGUAUUGAGAAAAGCUAUAAAUCUAUCUUUAUUUUGUCCCCUAACUUUGUUCAGAGUGAAUGGUGCCAUUAUGAACUUUAUUUUGCUCACCACCAACUAUUUCAUGAAGAUUCUAAUAAUUUAAUUCUCAUAUUACUGGAACCAAUUCCCCAGUAUAGCAUUCCUACCAGGUAUCACAAGCUGAAAGCUCUCAUGGCACAAAGAACCUAUUUGGAAUGGCCCAAGGAGAAGAAUAAACAUGGACUUUUCUGGGCUAACCUUAGGGCUGCCAUUAACAUUAAUUUAUCAGAAUUGGGAAAGAUGAACAAGUCACAGACAAUUUCAGAGUUACAGGAAGAGUCAUACACAUCUUCAUGGAAGAUAAAUACAUGGAACUGAAUUUCAUUUUUGUGCAUUUCCCUUCAAUAAAUCAUUGAGUAUUCAAUGAACAGCUACUAUGCACUCAGCACUGAGUGCUAUGAUACACACAAAAGCAGCUUAUGCAUUUGCAGUAUAGCCCAGUAUGGUGGGCACAUCUAUAAUCCCAGCUACUGGUGAAUCUGAAGCUGGUUGAUCUCUUGAGCUUGGGAGUUCUAAGCUACAUGUGGCUAUGUGAUGCUGCCUUUCAUCUGCUUCAUACCUCAAUUAUAUUGGACAUUGAAUACCUUUCUAUUCUUCCCUUUGGAAGGACUCUGGGCAUGAAUUACAACUUUAAAUAUAAGUAAAUUUGUCCCUGGAGUGCCAGGAUCAAGGUUUAAUGAGCUGAAGUAUCCAUGAGAAGGGAGCCUCACCCUCCAUAUUAUUAGAGGACAGAUUUUCCCCAGACUGAACAUGGUCCAAAUCACAUGCCUGGGUUCAGAGUUUAGAAGAGAGAUGGAAAUAAGGGUAGUGCCCAGCCUUUUGGGUCCAGAAGCUCUGUGUGUGUGUGUGUGUGUGUGUGUGUGUGUGUGUGUGUGUGUGUAGACAGAGGAUUCCAGGAAUCAUAUGGAAUCUAUGUAAAUAGACACCUACAUAUGCACAUAUACAUACAUAUGUAUGAGUAUUUAGGCUUUAUUGUAUAGGUUGCUGAAUAAAGUUGUUAGCACUACAGCAUUAAGAGGCCAACAGUCUAGAUUUGAGGGAGCUACCAAACCUUUCAGUCAACUCGUCAACUAGCAUUUUUAAAGCAAAUGCUGUGUGUUAAGCACUAGGGAUCUAAAGAAAGGCAAAAGAUAGUACCGGGUCUCAAGAAGCUCACGGUCUAAUGGGGAACACAACAUGCAAUAACGAUGCACAACAAGAUGUGUACAGAUCGAAUUAGAAAUGAUCAACAGAUGGAAGGCACUAGAAUUAAGGGGAGGGGAUUGCAAAAGGCAUCCUGCCUAUAUGUCCCCAUUACUGACUUUAUGACAUGCAGACCAGCAGCAACAGGAGGGGCUAACACUUGGCAUUAUCUGUGAUUCUCUCUUAUUUCAAUUCAGUCUCUGGUGAAAAAGCAACCCUUGUUCUAGCUGAAGCCAAAUCUUUCACACGUAUCCUUGCUGCUGCCAUCUGCCUACACACACAUGUGCACGUGCGCACACACACACACACACACACACACACACACACACACACACACCCCAUCCCUAAUCUCUCUCCUGAGCUCCAGUUCUGCAACACUAGCUGCUUAAUGGAUUUUUCCACUUGGAUGUGCCACAGGCAUCUCAAACUCUAUGUAUCUAAAAUAGAACUCAUUAUCUUCCUCCUUCCAGCCUUCUCUAACUCUGUUAAGGCCAACACCCACCUUCUAGUGAAUCAAUCAACAAGCAUUUAUUAAGUGCCUACUAUGUGCCAAGCAUUGUGCAAGGUGUUACAGAUCCAAAGACAAAAAAGGAAAAAAAUCCCUGUCCUCAAAGAGAUUUUAUUCUGUGAGGGGAUAUAUGGGCAUAUAUAAGUAUAUGCAAAUACACACCGUAGGUUAUUAGCAGCUGGGGGGGGGGCAACAAAGUUUUAUUAAGCAUUUACUAAGUGCCAGGCAGCAUGCUAAAUGUUGGGAAUACAAAGAAAUGCAAAAACACUGUCCCUGACCUUAAGGAGCUCAUAUUCUGAGGGGAGGGGUGGGAUUAUGCAAAUAACUAUUACACACGAGACGAGAUGGAGAUGAUCCCAUAGGGAAGACCUGAAAGACUUCUCGAAUUCUGAUGUUUCUCACUUCCUCCAAAUUAAGCUUUAUUUGAAACUACUGCUUUCUCUGCUAUACUGGAACCUUUAAAACUUUUACAGCUGGAAUCCUCUGGCAGUUGUAUGGAAUAUGGAAGGGAGGAAAGAGACACUUGAGGCAGGAAGACCAGGGUGAAGCCCUAGUCUAGGAAAGCUAUGAUGAGGGCCUAAACAAGGUUGGUAGCCAUGGGAUUAGAGAGAAGGGAAUGACUGUAAGUGAUGCUGCGGAGGUAAAGUGAAAAGAUCUGGCAAUUGAAAAGCUGUGUGGAACGAGGGUUAAGAAGUUGAGGAAAAUGCCAAUGUUGUGAACCUGGGAUUCACUGUGACUCUUCCAGUGAAGGAUGGUUGUGCUCUUCCCAGAAAUAGAGAAGAAGAGUGGGUUUGGUAGGCAGGGAGGGAAUGAGGAGAUCUUGAAUUGUGCUUUGCAAUGUUGAGUUUGAGAUGCUUCUCUAAGCAUCCAGUGGAUGGUUGGUGAUGAAAGCUGGAGGUUAGGGUAGGUGGAUAUAUAGACUGGGAAUUAUAGAGAUGAUUGUUGACACCAUAGGAACUAAUGAGGUUAUCAGAUGAGAUCAGGAUGAAGCAUUGAGGUAUAUCCACAGUUAAAGGCCAGGCCACGGAUGAAAAUCCAACAAAGAAGACCAAGAAAAGCAGUCAGACAGGUAGGAGGAAAAGCGGGAGAAAACCAUUUCAGGAAAAUCCAGAGAGGAGAGCGUACCUAAGGGGAGAUGUAUUCAACACUGUCAAAUAGUGUAGAAAAGUUAAGAAUGAUGAGGAUUAAGAAAAGGACAUCAGCUAUGAAAAUUAAGGGAUCACUGGUAAUUUUGGAGGGUAAUUUUAGUUCAGUGAUGAGGUCAGGAGCCAGAUGACACAGAGUUGAGAAACUAGCAAAAGAAGUGUGUACAGAUAACUAUUUCUGGGAGUUUGGCCGUGAAAGCACAUGGCACAGAAUAAUCAGACAAAUACUUGCUGACUGACUGAAAGAGAGGAGAGAUAUGGGUUGAUAGCCAGUAAGAAUGACAGUGUCUAGUGAGAGGUUUUUGUUGUUUUGUUUUGCUUUUUAAUGAUGUAGGAGACUUCGAAUGUAGGCAGCAGGGAAGGAGCCAGUGGGCAUGAAGAGCCUGAAGGUUAUAAAGAGAGGGAGAUGAUUGUGAGGGCUUUCUGCAAGACAAGAUGGGAGCAGAUGGCAUUAAGGACAUUAUUAAAGCUUUGGCCUUAGCUAAAAGAAGGCUCACUUCCUUACCAGAGACUGAACCAAAGGAAGAGAGAAUAUCAAAUGAGGUCAAGGGUCUGCCAGGUUCACAACCUCCUCAGAGUCCUACUAAACUUAUUACUCUCCUUCACUCCUCCAUAGUCAAAUUUUGUCAAUUCUGCUACCAGUCCAUCUUCUCAACACAGCCAACUAUGUUACUCCUGUGUUCACAAAUCUUCAGGGGCUUCCACCUGCCUGUGAGAUAAAAUACAAAUUCUUCAGCAUAGUAUUUAAAGCCCCUCACAAUAUGGCUCCAACUUACCUUUCCAGACUUAUUCUACAUCACUUCCUUCAUACAUGGCAUUUCAGCCAAAAUAGCCUACAAGGUCUUCCUUGGACUUGGCACUUGAGACUUCACAUGGCCUCAGCCCACAUCUCUAGAAGGCACUUCUUUCUCACUUGUUAGAAGAGAAUCCUUAGCUUUCUUUAAGACUCAACUCAGGAGCCCUCUCCUACAUGAAGCCUCUCCUGGUUCCCCCACUAUUACUGUUCCUUCCUCCUGAAAUUACUCGUAUUUACUUAUGUACAUUAAGGGUUCUCAAACUUGCUUGCUCAUGGUACAAUAUACUUUGUUAGAAGAACUGUGGCACACUGAAUGUUUAAUUUGGCAGUGCUACAAAAAAGUCAGCCUACUCAAACAUAAGCAGUUUCCCUUCAAUCAGAAGAACUCUUUUUCAAUUGAAUUAUCUGUCAUGUUUUGAGGUUAGUGUGUAUAUACAAUAGGCAAGUUUUGUUUAUUUUAUAAAUAAUAUACUUACCAUAUUAUAUUCGCUGUGAAAGUAAAAUUUGCAUUUAGCAAAAUUAA